AACUAAUUUUUAGAUCAUUGUGCAUUCACGUGCUGUGUAAAAAAUAAUACAGAGAGAUCCUAUGUAAACUUUACCCACUUUGGCCAAUUGAAACAUAUUACAAAACUAUAGUAUAAUGUCACAGCCAAGACAUUGACCUUGAUAGAAUCAAGACACAAAACAUUUUCAUGACCACAAAGAUACUUCAUGUUGCCAUUUUUAUGGUCACACGUACUUCCCUCUCACACUUACAUACUACCCCUUAACCACUUAACUGUUCACCCACUUUCCAUUUCUAUAAUUUUGUCAUCUCCAAACUGUUACAUAAAUGGAAUCAUUUAGUAUGUAAGCUUUUGGAAUUGGCUUUAUUUCUCUCAGCAUAGUUCUCUGGAGAUUCAUCCACGUUCAUUCCUCUUUUAUUGCUGGGUAGAAUUCCAUGGUAUCGAUGUAUCACGGUUUAUUUAAACAUUCACUCACUGAAAGACCUGAGUUGUUUCUAGUUUUUGGUUGUUAUGAAUUAGCUGUUCUCAAUAUUCAAGGAUAUGUUUUAUGAACAGCCUUCUCAUUUCUCUGGGAUAAAUGCCCAAGAAUGCAAUUGUUGGAUUAGAUGGUACUUGAAUGCUUAGUUUAAGAAAGUGCCACAGUCUUCUCCAGAGUGGCUGUCAUUUUACGUUCUCACCAGCUGUGUUUGAAUGGUCAAGUUUCUUUACUUUCUUGCCAGAAUUUUGUAUUGUCACAAUUUUUUUUAUUUAAACUUCUGUGAUAGGUAUGUAGGGGUGUUUGAUUGUGGCUUUCAUUUGCAUGUCCCUAAUGGCGAAAGACAUUAGACCUCAUUUUAUAUGCUUAUUUUCCAUCUGCACAUCCUUUUUACUCAAAAAUCUCUUCUUGUCUUUUGUCCAUUUUCUAAUCAGAUUGUUUACUUUUUUACUCCAGGUGUGGGAGUUCUUUACAUGUUACCGAUAAUACGUCUAUUGGAUAUGAGGUUUGCAAAUAUUUUCUCUCAGUCUCUAGCUUGUCUUUUCCUACUCUUAAAAGAACCUUUCACAUAGCAAAUGGUUUUAGUUUUCAUGAAGUCUAGUUUAUUUAUUUUUCAUCUUGUGGAUCAUCUCUCUCCUGGAUAAUUGCAGUAAGACCACUGUUAUUUAUUUUUUUAAGUAGGCCCCACACCCAAUGUGGGGCUUGAGCUUACGACCCUGAGAUCAAGAGUUGCUUGCUCUAUAGACUGAGCCAUGCUAGUGCCCCAAUAGAUCCCCUGUUUUCUUGAUUCUGCCCUUAACUACCAGUUGGCUAUUGUUAACAGAGCAGAAUGAUCUUUUUAAAUGUAAUUGCUUGCUCAAGAUUCUCCACACUUCCCAUGUCACUCAGAAUAAAAGCUAGUCUUGACAAUAGCUUACUAUUGUCCCUCAUUAUCUAUCUGACCUCUUUUCUUACCACUCUCUUUGGCUCUCAGUUCUGGUUACACUGGCUUCCUUGGUGAUAGUCUAUCAGGCCAAGCAACCCUUGAUCCAGGGCUCUAACUUCUUCUUUUUGUGUGGAAUAUAGAACCUUAGCUGUAAACUUUCUUAUUUCUCUCAGGUCUUACUGAAAAGGGAUCUUUUUAGUAAAGGCUUCCAUGAUUUCCCAUUUAACAUAGAAAUGACCCAUUUCUUACAGACCCAAAUUCAGUUUGUUUUAUUUUUCUUCAUGCUACUUGUAAAUAUCUAACCUACUACAUAUUUGAUGUAUUUGAAAAGAUGACCUGUCUUCUCUUCCAGAAUUAAACUCCUUGGGAGAAAGUGCUUUUGUCUGUUUUGUUCAUAACUGUUCAACUGCAGGAUCUAGAGAGCUUGUCACAUAGUAGAGACUCAAUAAGCAUUUACAGAACGAAGAAUGAAGAAAUGAAGGAACGAGUAAAGUAUGUCCCAGCAUGGAGAAUCUGCACUGGUACCACUGGAAUAAUCUUUUCUUUUGUGAAGAGAGGUUUGCUUCCUUGAGAAAUUCUGGAUCUAGGAAACAUGCCUUAAGAAUCUUCCUUCUUCUAAAUAAACAAACAAAAACAGAAACAGACCUAUAAAAAUAGAGAACAAACUGAUGGCUAUUAGAGGGGAGGGGCAAAAUGGGUGUAGUGGGAAAAGAAGGGAAUUGUCUUCCUUGGAAUUAAGGGAUUAGAACUCUUAAUGAAAUUUCAACUCCUGAUGAAGUCAUAAUCAUCAGGGCUUACUAAUGCUAAAUAUUGAAAGGCUGAUGGGAUCGUUAUGGUGGAGGGGCUAAGCCGACAGCACUGGAACCCACUGAUCAAUCUCAACAUGGUUAAACAUGGGACAACCUUAUGUGCUUACUGUUGUGAUUUAAUCGGAAGGCACACAACACCACUUAUAAAAUAAUCUUGCAAUAACGAGAAACUGAAUUGAAAACUAAUUAAUUUUCUAGGUCUAACUGCCUGUUUGGAAGGAAUUGCGGGUAAUAGAAGAACAUCUUAAAUGACAUCACAAGAUACAACCAACCAACUCCAUGCUGCAGAAAAUACUACAGGAUAAGUGAUUUAGUUUCUUCAACAAAUAAAUGCCCCCUAAAAGGGAUUCUCCAAGAAACAGGAAGAUUGAAUCUCAUCAGCAAAUUCUCACAAGGGGGUAUUUGUCCUGUUUUCACUCUCCCUGCUUGGAGACUGAUGUUCCACACGUCCUUUCAGAUUUGGACUUGCCUUUGUCCAGUGGGGACUUCUGGGAGCCCGCCUCAUUCCAGCACGCCAGUACUCCCCCCGGAUCACGGCCACUGUCCCAAAAGGAGGUGUCUCUCAUUUUAGACUGGGAUCAGAAGGAUCCAGAUGGGUUGCUGCUUAUAACUGGUAUACAUUUCAGCCCACGAGCAGAGGUGUGCAAGAAAUAGUAUGAAAUUGUUUUUGUAACUCCACUUAAUUUGUAUUUUAAGCCUUGAUCCUGCUGAAGUCCUGUUUGGAUUUCUACCCAUCCCUCUUCGGAAAUCAUACAGAGCCACAGUCAUGAGGGUUGAGGUGAGAGCAUGAUUACUGUUUAGUGGGGUAUACACUUGUAGCUUAGAGGUCCAUUGGCUCAGUUGCCAUGUUUCCUUUUGGUUUGGUGGCUCUUGUGUCAUGGGUGGGACAGGUUGGUUCUGCUCAUAUGCACAACACAGCCAUCUCCUCCAAGGGUUUUUGCCCUAUCUAACCCUCUGACUGCACUUUAGAGAUUCCUUUUCUUUCAUGGUCCACGGACCUCUCUGUGAUGAUAUAGAUCUUAAGCUAGCAGGAAAAGAAGACAGUAAGUGUAUAAUUUCAAAGUUCCUACUUCUGAUAGGUUUCUGCUCAAGUAUCCUCACUUUUCUGUGGAGUUUGGGAUUUUAGAAAUAAAAACCCAGAUGAUAAGCACAGUAUUGCUGCGUUCAGCCCUGCACGUCCUUCCUCUGGCCAGUGAACCCAGAGCCUGCUUCCCACUUGAAUGCAGAAGGGAAAGGGUAAAAAAUAAAGGGAGAAAGGGAAAAAAAAUCAACAAGAACAGAUUCGCAUCUCAAAAUAUCCUUUCAUUCUUAAGAAGAUGAGAGUUGAAUUCACGGGAAAGGUUCCAUUGGGAAAAAGGAAUGACUCUUGAAAAUGGGGUCUCCGCAUUUGCAAAGGCUGUGUAGGAUCCAGGUCCUCAGAAUGCUCUGACAUCAUCAGUGAGGUCAGAGAACUCUGCUGUGGGCCUGGUGACCUUUGAACCUUAACAGCCCUGUGCUGUAGCGAACCCUGGGCAGUGCUGCUCAUUCUCUGAGCCAUCUGAUGUCCUCAGCCACUUAGGGGACUCAACUAUUUUUGCUUAUAUUGGGCCAUUUCAUCAUAUUUUCUGAGAGUCAAGAAGGGCCAACCAGCAAGGGAAAAGAAGAGCUGGGAGUUAGGUGUCUUCUAAGAAGCUUCUGUAGCUGGUACCAUGAAACAGCGACAAAAGAGGAAACAUCUGGAAGAUGAAGAGUCCCAGGAAACGGCCGAGCAGGGAGGAGGAGUCUCGAAGUUGCAGGAGGAUGCCCUUCAGCUUGGAUCCCCUGGGGUGGCCAAAGGCUGGGGCGCAGGGGUGGGGGAGGUGUCCUCUGCCUCUGAAUACUUCUCCUGUGUUUCUUCUCCACGCAAGUUCAUCCAUGGUGGAAUCCGGAGAGUACAUCGAGACAGUCCCCAGCCUAGAUCACCCCUAGUCCAGGGUCAGGAGCGAGGGGAGACUGCUCCCCCCUCACACCAGGUCUCCUUCUCGUCCCCUUCAUCCUAUAAGACCUGUGUGUCCUCUGUGUACAGAAACAAAGAGGAAAGGGGCAUGAAAAUAUACUACAUGCAGGUACAAAUGCAAAAGGGUGUGGCUGUCUCCUGGGAGACAGAGGAGACCUCGGAGUCACUAGAGAAGCAGCCGAGGAUGGAAGAAGUGACCCUUCCUGAGAACGUGCGGGUAGGUACUCCCCCCUCUGAUGUGUCCACCAGAAACCUGCUGUCUGACAGCGAGCCCAGCGGGGAGGACAAGGACCACGAGGAGCGGGCAGAGUCAGACAGCCCGCCAGGCUCACCCACUGUUGAGGAGAGACCCAGGGCCAAGACCCCCGACUGGCUGGUGACCGUGGAGACUGGCUUCCGAUGCAUGGCCUGCUGCCGGGUCUUCUCCACCUUGGAGGUCCUCCAGGAGCACGUCCAGUACGGGAUCAGGGAGGGCUUCAGCUGCCAUGUGUUCCACCUCACUAUGGCUCAGUUGACGGGCAUCGUGGAACCUGAGUGCACCCAGGAGGAGGAGGAUGAGAACGAGGAGGAGGGGGAAGAGAGGCAGGAAGAAAAGGACGAGAAGGAGCAGCCUGCGCAGGAGGACUCUCGCGUGAAGCGACCCUGAAGCCAGUGCUCAGGCUGUGUGUUUCAUUCUCCAAAGGACAACAACAAUUGAGAUCCAUGAGCCCUAAAUUCCUGGAAGACGGUGUGGCCUUCUUUUGGGAGAAGGAGAAGAAAGGAUCCUGGGGAUAGUAGCAGAUAAAAUGCCAAUGAUGUGAAGAAAGAUGAAGGAACCGGCAUUCAAUCUGGCAUCACAUGAAAAUAUAAAUACCAUAUGCAAUAAAGGCUGUUUUCCAAACCUUA